UCCUCCGCGGCCACCGUAUGAUGUCGUGGCGUUUGCUGAUGUGUACAGCGUUGCAACAGUUAGCAGGUGACUGAUAACGGCGAUAUUUGGGUUAUUUAGUCUUCGUUUGUUUCCUUGAACAUCACAUAUACGACUCGGCAGUGUUAACUUCAGUGGGUCGAGAUGAGGCGCGCCGGACUGGGUGAAGGAAGUUCUGGGAAUUAUGUAGCCAGCGGAUACAGUGUGUAUGAAGAGGAGAAUGAACAUCUUCAGGAGGGACUCAGAGCGAAAGUGAACGCAUUGAAAAGCCUUUCAAUUGACAUAGGAACGGAAGUUAAAUGCCAGAACAAAAUGCUGGAUGAGAUGGACACAGAUUUUGACUCGACGGGUGGACUGCUCGGCGCCACCAUUGGCAGAGUCAAGCAGCUGUCCAGAGGCAGUCAGACUAAACUCUUGUGCUACAUGCUGCUCUUCUGCUUUUUUGUGUUCUUUGUCCUGUACUGGUUCAUCAAGCUGAGGUGAUGCAAUGACCCUGCUGGACUCGGCCCAUCGGCUCCACGUCUUUGCCACACUGAUACAUCUCUAAUCUAGGUCAACAGAUUAAUAAUGACCAUGAAAGGCAGGGAUGUUUUUUUGUUAAUAACUCAGCUUUUUAUGUGCCCUGAUGUCUGAGCAUUUUAUAUGAUGACUGCAAUUUGAGUUGUGUCAUGACUGAUGGGAGUUUCAAAAAGUAAAAGUGGUUUAGAAACGUGGAUAGAGUCUGAACUGAUGAAAGAUCACAGGAAGUACCAGUAUUUUGUUUGUAAGUACUUGAUAACUGGCCAAUUUGUAACAAUAAACAUCUAACGACAGAAAAACCAGUGUCAAGAACUUUAACGCAGCACCAAACUUGUGGAAUAGUUUAUCAUAUGGCACAAGUUGUGUUAAGGUGACAACAUUUUGUGUAUUUGCGUUCAAGAAUGAAUGAAUCUAUCACAUCAUUUGACAACCUAUAUGAUAGUAAUGUUACCUCAUUGUUUAAAUUUUGUUGUAAAAAUGUUGUAAAUGUAAAUAAACAAAUUUUAUGCUCUGAA